GGGUACAGUCUGAAACACAGGAGGUUCCAUCUGAACAUGACGAAAACCUUCUCUCCUCUGAGCGUGCAGGAGUCCUGCAGCAGAUUGCCCAUAGAGGUAACACCACCGGAGGGCUGCCGGGAAACAAGAACACACCGGCAAACCAAAAGCACACAGCUGCCCCUACAGCGCAGACGAGUGCCGCGGUCCCUUUAAGUCCCGCCGCCGCCGCGGGGGCCGGGCUCCGGCAGCCGCAGCCCUCCCCGCUGCCUUCUGAGCCCCGUCGCGUUCCGUAGCGGCACCCCCGGCGGAGCCGCCGCGCUGGCGAGAUGGCGGCGCAGAAGAUUAACGAGGCGCUGGAGCACAUCGCUAAAGCGGAGAAAUAUCUGAAAACUGGGUUCUUAAAGUGGAAACCAGAUUAUGACAGUGCAGCUACUGAAUAUGGGAAGGCAGCUGUUGCUUUUAAGAAUGCCAAGCAGUUCGACCAGGCAAGGGAUGCCUGUUUGCGGGAAGCUGAGGCACAUGAAAACAACAAAGCUCUCUUCCAUGCAGCUAAAGCUUAUGAACAAGCUGGCAUGAUGCUAAAGGAGAUGGGCAGGCUGCCUGAAGCAGUCCAGCUGAUCGAGAAAGCCAGCAUGAUGUACCUGGAGAAUGGGACACCAGACACAGCAGCUAUUGCACUGGAACGGGCUGGCAAGUUAAUAGAAAAUGUGAGCCCAGAGAAGGCUGUGCAGCUCUACCAGCAAGCAGCAUCAGUAUUUGAAAACGAGGAGCGUUUACGGCAAGCGUUAGAGAUGUUGGGGAAAGCAUCAAGACUUCUAGUCAGAGGACGCAGGUUAGAUGAGGCUGCCUUGUCUCUUCAAAAGGAAAAAAGUAUUUAUAAGGAAAUUGAAAACUACCCAACCUGCUAUAAGAAAACAAUUGCUCAAGUCUUAGUUCAUCUUCACAGAAAUGAUUAUGUUGCUGCAGAAAGAUGUGUGAGGGAAAGCUAUAGUAUACCAGGAUUUAAUGGAAGUGAAGACUGUGCAGCACUAGAGCAACUUUUAGAAGGGUAUGACCAGCAAGAUCAGGAUCAAGUUUCUGAAGUCUGCAAUUUGCCACUCUUCAAGUACAUGGAUAAUGAUUAUGCCAAGCUUGGUCUUACCUUGGUGGUCCCUGGAGGUGGAAUCAAGAAGAAGUCACCAAAUGCUGCACAAGACAAAGCCAGAGGACCAGCUGCAGCAGGGUCUCAUGCUGAUGAGGAAGAGGAUGAAUAUUCUGGUGGACUGUGCUAGCUGCAGACAGAGGUUGUCUUAAGUACACGACUUAUUUGUGAUGCUGAGCAUAUCCAAAGGUACCAGAUUUACCAGAGCUUCAUUGCAAUUGUGAUGUGAGAAUGCUAAUCUUAACUUGGCAGCUUCUGGGUACAGUGCAGGAAUAAAAGCAUGAUUGUACCUAUCAUCUCAAAAACAUCUUGGGACUUUAUUCCUUACCUGGUGGGAGCUUCCUCAGGGCCUUGCUUUCAGUUGACAGGAGACAAAAAAAAAGAGAGAUGAAUCCUUACUAAAAGCACAGUUUAAAAGAAACCCAAACCCCUGAAACACUGGAGUAGGUAGAGUGAUAUGAAAUGCAGUUGCUGGAUGUCAACAGCUGAUGCUUUUUUUGGUCCCAGUUACAUGUUGAUGAUUGCCUGAGUUAAAUACACAAUGAUUCCUGUAUUUAUCUUCUGCUUAACACCACUUCAGACAGACUCUGCCAGACUGGAUUAUUCGCUCCUUUAAGCACUAGAGGGACUACCCAGUUCAUUGCCAACAUAUUUUCACUCCAGUAUCCAUGUGAGUGUGGAAAACAGUAAGCCAUCUCAUCCUGCAACCUUGCAAGUGCACAUGCAUCUUUUCAUCUGAAGAGCUUCAUUGAUCUGAAGUCUUUGGAAAUAACCUUUUUGAGUGGUAUUUCUCCAGCAUGCCAUAACCAAACCAAAAAGAAGAAAAUGAGAGUAGGAGGUGAUGUGCAUUGAAUGUAAAGCUUUGAAGACAGUGUUUAGCCAAAAGUGAAGUGGGAUGUUUCAGUGAUAGAUGUGAGUCUGUGACUGCUCUAGGUGUUUAUUUACUAAUCUCUGCACUAAUUUCAUUCUCAAAGCAUGGAACAGCUUACUUGUAACAAAAGGCAUUUUCCAAACGAACUCAGAAUCUAAAAUACCCAAAUUUUAAUACAUCUUCUCUGAUUUUUCAAAAAUCAUUUUCAAAGCAGAAUGUAUUUAAGCAGUGUCUUAAAUUCUCUUUGGCCAUUUUAUGCUUAAAGUUUGCCCAGCCUGGAUGUCGUACUUGUGGUCUCUUCCUUCAGAAAGACCAAAUCAAGAUCCCUUGGAAUCCUGCAGAGGCUCAUACGUGAUUUGUGGUGCCCAGAGUUCAAUCCACAGUAGAUCAAAAGCACAAUGUUGAUAAGAGUUUCUGCCCUGUUAAGGAAUUGGAUGUCUUCAAGAAUAACAAGAGUGCAUCUGACAUAAAGGUGAUGUCUGCCAUCAGUGUGCCUGUCAGAACUGUGCUGAAGGUGAACUUUCCGAGGGUUAAUUAAUAUUUGCUGUCCUUGGGGUAGGUAGCACUCAACAGAGUUGUGAUGGCUGCACAAGCUACAGCAGGAUUUGCAGGCAGGGCUGCUGUCAAAGUCACAUUAUACAGUUCAGUAGCUGUUCAAACAGCAGUUUCAUCUCUUUGUUUUUUGGAUUAAUUAUAAUAAUAAUGGGUUGUAAAGCUGUUUGAGACUGCACCUGUAGUUCUUUCCUGUCUGACAGGCAAUUUCCCUGUGCUGUUAAUAGAAGUUUUUGCUUUUCUGUAAAACAGUCUAAAUGACAUUUUGGGAAUUGAAAUGCUCCUUUCUGAUCACAAAUGUACAUCAAAGAUGGUUUUGAAGGCUUUCCUGUAACUUCUUUUCCCACUGUUGGAGCGACUCACUCUAAUUUGCUCACUUUCCUGCCUUCUAGAUUUGUUCAUGAAGGUGACCAUGCACUUUUUAUGAGGAGUCUUGAUCACAAGUAGGAAAAAUCCCACACCCAUAGGAGCACUAUGGAGGGACACUAAGUUAUUUUUAUCAUGCUUUUCUUGAUGCUUCCAGUUCUAAAAUCAGUUCUCUUGAACGGUCCAUUGAAAUCUUGAAUCUUAGGAGCAGAAUCUUAAUCUUUGAUUGCAGUGUUGCUGCAAACACCAAAUCUGCUGAAAUGGAAACAUCUGAAAGAAAUAUAAGAUGGUCUAUUUUGUGUGUAUGUCUGAGGCCAUGACAUGCAGGAGAUAGAAAACUGGGAGCCUCACAUGUGAAAGAAGUUGCAGACAUUAUUUAAACUGUGCUUGUAAUACUAACAGGCUCUUAAAAUAAAAAUGAGAAUCUAUGCAUGAGAUCCUUAAAGGAUAUUUCUCUUAUUGCCAAAAAAACCCAGAUUUGCAAGAUUGUCUUCCCACUCCCCCAGCAUUCUUUGCUCUUUGCCCUGUGCCAAGCGUGGAAAGCUUGAGGCAAAAGUAACUUCUACCAAGCAGGUGAAGCUGCCAUUCAGUUGAAAUCUGGAAUCUUAGGAGCAGAAUCUUAAUCUUCAAUUGCAAUGUUGCUGCAAAGACCAAAUCUGCUGAAAAAAUUAUAAGAUGGUCUAUUUUAUAUAACUUAUUCUCCUAUUUUAGGCAAUGAAAGUGUGAUAGGAAUGUUAACUGCCUUUUAGUAGAUGUUUAACUGUAGAGGAAGCUGUCUGUAUAUUAUGUGUUUAGUGUUUGUUUCCCUUUCUCAAAGCAAUUUGCACACAUAUGUAAAUAUUAUGUAAGUGAUUUAAAGUGGAGAAGGUGCCAGUUGCAAACAUGAAAGUCUCCAAAUCUGUAAGAAGAACAAACUCUGCAUGAAGGCUGAGAGAUGGUCAGUGCAAUGUGUGAUGUCACAGCAGAAGGUUUCUAAGUUACCUGUAACUUAAGACUCAGUAUGCUCAAGUGCAGUGUGACACCUGUGCUUUUUUUGUCCUUUUCCCAAAUCUGUGGUGUAUUAGAGUGCAAAAUGUGCUUGUAACAGCUCUACAAGAUGCUGCCUCUCAAGAGGGGGCUUUGUGUUUCACCAACAUGAGAAAUAAAACUUGAAAUGAA